AUGACCCAUAUUCAGGCACUCCUUACAGCGUCCGUCCUACGUCUACUCGGGGACGCACAAUUGAGACUUUACGAUGCUAGUCACAACGCGAGAAACCUGGAUGCGAGCAUUUUGACGACUCAACUUGCAGUAGCCAUUAUAUCUGCCUCCUCUACACUCUCCGCCAAGGACGUGCCGCUUCUCCUUGAUCUGGGAUCCCGUUUUACCACCCGUUACAAUACGCAUGGCAAGCUGGACGACAUCCAUGGAGCCAUACUAUCGUUGCGAGACGCGUCGCGAUUGUGUCAAGAUGGCGAUCCUCUUCAGCACGCUGUGUACAAUCAAUUGGGCUUUUGUUUCACUAUUCGCUUCGGGCGCCUUGGUGGGCCCGAUGAUAUUGACGACGCCGUAAUGGCAUGCCGCCGUGCCGUCGAAUCGCUGUCUGACGGCGACGCACGAAAGCCGAUGACGCUAGUCAAUUAUGGCAACGCUUGCUACAUGCGCUUCAGGCGCGCUCACCGUCCAGAAGAUCUUGACGAGUUGGUCUCAACCUUCAGUCGCGGUUUGGAGCUGAUACCGGAGGAUCAUCCGGAGAGGCCAGACUUGUUCGACAAGCUUGGUAACUCUUACUCGAUGCGCUUCGAAAGCAACGGACGGCGACCCGAUGAUAUCGAGCAGGCCGUCUCGGCACAUAAACGAGCAGUGGAAUUGACACCGGAUGGGCAUCCCACUAAGCCCUCGCGCCUGCAUAAUCUCGGCGUCUCGUUGGCAAGCCGUUUCUCGGUCUCUCAUGUUAGUGCAGACAUCGAACAAGCGGUCUCGAUACAUCUACAAGUCGCAGAAGUCACUCCGGAUGGCCAUCCCACCCAGCCAAUGCGGCUCGGAAUACUCGUUGAAACCUCGUAUACGCGCUAUACCCAUACGAAACGCCCUCAAGACCUCGAGCAGGUCAUUCUGGCGUGCGAACGCGCGCUGCCUCUCACGGCCGAUAGCCUCUCUACCAAGCCCUUACUACAUCAUCGUCUGGGCUGUUCUCUCUUGGCGCGCUACGGGCGCACCAAAGAGCUCGAGGAUUUGAAACAUGCAGUCGCGGCGAACCGCCGGGCAGUUGAACUUGUGUCCGAUGAGGACACUAAAAAGCUUGUGUUGCUGCGGACUUUUGGAGACUCGUCUCUCGAGCUCUCUGAUCACACCGACGACGCCGACGAUAUAGAACGCGCCGCCUGGGCUUAUCAACAAGCCGCAUCCCUCACGCCGAGUGACCAUUCGGACCAUCCGGUACUGCUGCGCAAGUUGGGCGAUGCCCUGGCCAGACUUUUCGAGCGCACUGGGAAUAGCGAGAGGAUCACACAGGCUGUAGGAAUACACAGGCGCAUGGUUGAGCUCACCAAAGACGACGACCCGGAAAGACCCUUUCGCCUCCUUAGCCUGGCAACUACAUUAGGCAGGCGUUACGAGCGUGCCGGGGGGGAGUUUGUGGAUCUCCAAGGAGCUAUCUCUCUCUUUCGACAUGCAAUGGCACUUGUACCAGACAGCCAUCCUGCCAUGCCUGGCCUACUCAGCAAUUUCUCACGGACAUUGCUCAUACGCUUCCAAGGGCCGCUGGGCGGGGAUCUUGAAGACCUCGAGGCCAGUAUCAAUAACUACCGAUAUGGCAUUCAGCUCGCAUCAGAUGAACAUCCACAUAAGGCGGCGAUGUUCAGCGACCUAUCUCUGGCGUUGAGUGUUCGAUCUGAGCGUCUCGGGACGCCCAAUGACAUCGAGGAGGCGCUCUUAAUGGGUCGCCGCGCCCUUGACUCUACUCCAGAGGGGCAUCCUGACCUUGCGUCGUACUAUAACAACGUCGCGAAAUGCCUCAUGGAUCGGCACACGCAUACAAAGGACAUUGAAGACCUCUCGACUGCUAUCUCCAUGUUUCGACAAGCGACGGACCUAUGUCCCAAGGACCACCCCCACCUACCGCAAUGGUUAGGCAAUCUGGGCACCACUCUGAGGUCUCGGUUUGAAAUCACGCGGAGUCAAGCGGAUUUCGACUCCGCUGUGCAGUCAUUCGCGUCCGCAGCGACAUCCGCGAUCGGGACGCCAGAUUAUCGGCUGGUUUUUGCUAUCAGAUGGGCCGGCCUGCUUGAGAAGUAUCCUGCAUUCGGGACGAUAGAGGCGCGCUUGAAGGCCUACUCUCUCUGCGUCACAAUUCUUCCCGAGCUCAUCUGGCUUGGGUUCGACGUACAGCGACGUUUGAGCGACUGCAGAGUAUGGGGUAGCAUUGUCAAGGCAGCGGUAGCAGCUGCUGUCAACAUGGACUCUUUGGAUCACGCAGUCGAAUGGAUCGAGGGAGGGAGGUCGCUCAUCUGGUCGCAGAUGUUUCUGUUACGCGCACCUCUCGAUGAGCUACAGGAGAAGCAACCUCGACUUGCUACCGAAUUUGGUCGACUGAAUCAGCUGCUUCAACAGUCUGCGCCCAGCUCCUUCACAUUUGACUCUGACACUUUUGCCGGAGUUGCGGGUGUGGGCGUGAAUGCGAAGGGGGAUCGCCAUCGUCAGCUCACUUUUGAGCACCAGAGACUCUUGACAGAGAUCCGUGGCUGCACAGGUUUUGAGCACUUCAUGGAGCGUAAUCAACCUGAGGUCACCUUGCCGGUGCCCGAAGCCUUGAGCGGGCCCAUCAUCUUCAUAAACGUGUACCGGACCAGAUGCGACGCCAUCAUACUUCAUCGCAAUGGUGCUCGGGCCAUCGUUCCUCUCCCAGACCUCUCGUCUAAGAAGGCAUCCGACUUACGGUGGAGAUGGGUACAAGAAGUGAUGGGCUACAGAUACCAAUCCUCGCGCAUGGAUGAGCGAGCCUCCGGGAACCCCACCGGACGCAGUCCGGAUCGACUGAGAAGCUGCUUGCGCUACUUGUGGAAUACAGUCGUGGGGCCGAUUUUGAACGCUCUCGAUUAUACCUCUGUUGUCAGUGAUGGUCGACGUCUACCACAUAUCACUUGGUGCCCGACCGGACCGCUCAUGCAACUGCCCCUUCACGCUGCGGGUCUCUAUGACGGGCCAAACGGGCCUCGAGCGUACAACUUCGCUGUGCAUUCAUACAUCCCGUCUCUCUCUGCGCUUGCUCGCAGUUGUGCUAAAGUUGACGAGCAGCAUCUUCCACGCAAGGUGCUCAUCGUCACCCAGCCAACUACUCCAAACCAGAUGCCACUCUUUGAGACUCUUCAGGAAGCGUCACGUCUCGAGGACACCCUUCGUACAUCGGGUGUCGAAGACAAGUGGCUUAAUGACACGGAUGCUACAGUGAGCAGCGUCCGUGCCGCCAUGACCGAGUAUCCUUGGGUGCAUCUGGCCUGUCAUGGUUCGCAGAACAUGCUCAACCCGUUGGAGAGCGCGUUCGUCCUCUAUGACGGUCUUUUGACGUUGACGGAUCUCAUGACAACCACGACGGACACCGCCGAACUCGCGUUUCUGUCGGCAUGCGAGACCGCCGUAGGCGAUGUGAAGACGCCGGAGGAGUCUACGCAUCUUGCUGCGGGUAUGCUCGCCGUCGGCUUCAAAGGCGUCGUCGCGACCAUGUGGUCGAUUCAAGAUGCAGAUGCGCCUGUCAUCGUGGGGGCGUAUUACAAGGAGCUGCUUGCAGUGCGUAGUUCGGGAUCCCUUAGCAGGUAUGAGACGGGGGCGGCGUAUGCGCUUCAUGAAGCGACGAGAUUAUUGCGCGAUGAAGUCGGCGAGGGCGAGUUUGCUAGAUGGGUGCCGUUUGUACACUUCGGGAUUUAA